AUGGAUGUCUACAAAAUAAAACUAGAAAAAGGAUUAGAAAUGCAGCCGCCUCCAGUAUUCACACCAAUGAUUUGUAAUGGUCAAGGAAAUGUGCAAUCGAAAGAAGCUGCAAUUGUCACCGAGGGAGAUGAAUUGGCUGACAACUGCAACAAUAAUGCAGAGGAAGCAGCAGCAGAUGAUGAUAAUGACCUAUGUGAAGAAGAAGAAACUGAACCAGGAUCAAGAACUAUUGAAGUUCCAGAUCCAGAAUUUUAUGACUUUGACAAGGAUAGGAGUGAAGAAUGUUUAGCAGCUGAUCGGGUAUGGGCUAUUCGUGACAGUUUAGAUGCCAUGCCAAGACUCUAUUCUCUAACCAGAAGAAUUUAUACGCCAUUCGAAGUGAACAUAGUUUGGUUAGAUUUCGUUCCUGCUGAUCAAAAUGAGACAGAUUAUGAGACUUGUGAAUUGCCUGUUGCUUGUGGGAAGUUUGAGCAUGGUUAUACUGAUACCCUUGAUAGUAUAUGUACAUUUUCUCAUAGGGUUUUUUGUGAAAAAGAAGGUAGAAUUGCUUAUAAGAUCUGUCCAAGGAAAGGUGAAAUUUGGGCACUAUGGAACAUCUCAUGGAACUCAAAAUCCGAAAACUACCGAGAGCACGAGUAUGAAUUUGUGGAGGUCCUGUCUGAUUAUUCCGAGGAUGUGGGUGUUAUGGUUUCCUACCUAGUCAAGAUAAAAGGAUUUGUGUGCAUGUUCAAGCCGGUUGGCGUGGAUAUAAUUCAGAUACCGCCCGAAGAACUUGUAAGAUUCUCGCAUAUGGUUCCUUCAUUUAGAAUGACUGGUACAGAACGAGAAGAUGUCCCUGAAGGUUAUUUUGAGCUUGAUCCUGCUUUCCUGCCAACGAGUAUCUUCGAAGAUGUUUCUGACAAUGUCAUUGCUGCUGAGGGGGUUCCUGCUUCAGUACCUUCUUCGACUACAAAGCCUUGUGAACAUCCAGAAUCCGAAUUUUAUGUAUUUAGCGUUGACAAGUCUCAUGACAAGUUUCUAACUGGUCAGGUAUGGGCACUGUAUGGCGAGUUAGAUAGCUUUCCCAAGUACUAUGCUCGGAUAAAUAAGGUUGAAUCAUACCCAAAGUUCAAAGUGCACAUUCAAUGGCUUGAAGAAGGCGCCUCACCAAAGGGUGUGAUUCAGUGGCUUGACAAUAGAGUGCCCACAUGCUGUGGAAUUUUUUCUGGCGGCCUGACAAAGGAGUUUGAUGAAACUACUCGUUUUUCUCAUCUUGCGGAGGAGCAGUAG